GUCGGACAUUUCCGAGAACAUGGAGAUGCCGUCGAAGAAGCGAUCGCCGUGGCCCAAAGCGUCGCCGAUGUCCGCAGUACUCUUCACCCAGGAACUCAUGGAUGCCAUCACUGCGUAUCAGAAUGGAAUCUACCUGGUUCUGCGCCCGUUCGUGGGUCUAACACGCGACUUACUAUAUCUCAGGGAUUUGCUGCGGAGCCCUACCACAAUGGACAAUUGGCUUGAUAUCAACUCUGUCACGUUUGCAUUUGAGCCCCUUCACGACGUCUUGGAGCCUUGGUACGAUCUCCACGGUACCGCGUGCGUCUUCAAGUUGUUUGCUUGUUUGCCGCGCCUGCGAAAUGUUGUAAUUGCACACGCCGCGUUCAGCGGAAACCUGGCAAUGUUGAGCAUGCUUCCACUCGACAUGUUGCGUCAAGUCCGGCCAUGAAGGCUGCACUACUUUUGCAAUGGACGUAGCCGCCCUCCGAGGCGACCUCGACGUGGUUCGCUAUUUACACGCAUACAGAAACGAAGGGUGUUCAGACCAGGCUAUCAUGGAUGCCGCGGAGAACGGACAUUUGGAAGUUGUGCAAUUCUUACACACCCACUACCCCCUCACGGCGCACAGCUUGACUCUAGCAUUGACGGCUGCCGCGGCCACAAAUCGCCUGGAUGUGGCGACAUACAUUGUUCACGAACUCGGGAGUGAUGGUCAUGGCUCGACAAACGAGAUCGAUGCCGCCGCGUACAAUGGCCAUCUGGCAAUGAUCAAGAUGUUGCACCAGCACAAUUAUGGAUGUACGACCAACGCAAUGGACGACGCCGCUGAGGACGGUCAACUGGAGGUCGUCAAAUGGUUGCAUACCCACCGGACUGAAGGCUGUACGAUCAACGCCAUGGGCCAGGCAGCAGAAAAUGGCCAUCUGGAGACUGUCCAAUGGCUCCAUACCCAUCGUGGGGAAGGGUGUCCAGAUUGGACCCUCGAACGAGCUGCUUAUGCUGAACAGUGGGACGUGGUGAAGUUUCUUGUGACGUGGCAGCUUGGAGGCGAUGCAAAGACAGUGAUGGAAACGGCCAAGCAAGACUCGCGCGACGACAUUGCGGUCGGGCUGGCAGUUAUUUUGGACGAGACGUCGACAUUAUUACUGAAUGGCUUUUGAGAACUGCAUCAGCGAGGCUGGUGUCGUAACGAUUUAAGCUUACUGGGAUUUAUACCAUCCGAUCCGAAUGGUCC